ACCACGCCCUUCGCCCACGCCCUCUCCCUCAUCGACGCCGCCCACGCCGACGACCCCACCCUCACCACCCUCGCCGACGGCACAACCCUGCCCUACGAGCUGCACUACGCGCGCCAGAUGACGCGCUACCUGGCGCUGCACACGGGGGCAGUGCUGGCGUACGACUGCCAUGCGAGCACACGCGCCACCGAAACCGCCACCGCACCGCCCUCGGAAGCGCUCCAGCUGGCCGUGCGCGCGCAGCACCUCCGCCGCUGGGAAGUCCCACGGUCGUCCUACCCACCCACACGCGCCGGCUACCUCUCGUGGCGAACAGGCCAGGGCAAGCGCGCGGGGGCGCUCGCAAGCAGCUACUGCGCGACGGCCGGGCUGGCACCCGCCAUCUGCGCGCGCGUGCAGGCUCUGGUAGGCAAAGAAGGGCUGCGCACGGGCGACGCCGAGGCGCAAAUCCUCGAGGACGUCGCCUGCCUCGUCUUCUUGGACGACCAGUUCGCGGGCUUUGUCGCUGGCGGCGGUGGCGCGGUGGAGGUGGACGAGGAGAAGGCCGUGCGGAUUGUAAGGAAGACGUGGGCGAAGAUGGGGGGGCGGGGGAGGGAGCUGGCGGGCGGGAUUGCGGGUGUGUUGGAGGGGAAGGCGGGGGAGGUGCUGGCCAGGGCGCUG